ACAGCUAACUAUGCCCACAGUUAGAAACUGGUGAAAACGGACCCAAAUACCUGUGUAUUUUUGUUCAUAGUCUAACAUUUAAUCUUUCCCUCGCUAGAUUAAAGAUGCCUUUUACCGACAAAGGUGCAUCCUGUGCGAGGGCUGCUCACCGAUGUGCAAAAUGUAAUCGACGAUUCAAGGGAAAGGAAUCUGUGGAGAGUUUCAGACAGCACUUAGAAAAGAGUUUAAAACAUCAGACCUCCAAAGCUAGUGUACCAGAAAGCUGUGGUCAUUGUGGUCGUUCCUUCUCAAGCACGAGAGCUUUGCUCCAACACUUGCAAAACAGUCGCCACCAUUUGAAAGAUUUACAUCACGCCGCUUGCACGGGGAAUUUUCAACUCGUGCAAAAAUUAAUGAGAACUGAAGCCGCAAACUGGCCCGGCGAUUCUCAUCUUCCGUCGAAACCUCAAACGGGCUACACACCGAUGCAUUGUGCAGCCUUCGGUGGACAUGAUGAGUGUUUAAAGAUUAUGCUUAGUUGGCCUGAUGGAGACCCGAAUGUCGUUGAUCCCAAGGAUGGCCGAACCCCUGUUCAUCUUGCAGCAUGGAAAGGACAUGGCGUUUGUCUCAAGUUAUUACUUGGGAAGGGUGGUGAGCUCCGUCGAUUUGAUUUCAGAGGAAAAACACCGAUUUCUCUAGUCAGAGAUCCAUAUUGCAUAUCUCUGAUUAUUUAUCAUUUAGCUGAGACGGAACACGGGCUGGAUGUGGAGGGGUCAAUAGAACUUGUAUGGAAAAGCAUUACCGGGGAAAUCAGUCCAAUGAUUUCCACGCCAAUCAGAGAACUCCAAGACCCGUGCCAUUCUGGGGUGAUUGGUCAAUCCGGCAAUGAAGAAUUUUCCAGAGGACCAUAUGAAGUCCUUGCAAGAGGUGAAUUGGCAGUUGAAAUAUUCAAUCAGGCACUACAUGACGGGAAAGCAUGCAUAUCUCGCAUGCAGCUCACAGUCAUAGGGGAUGUAGGGGUCGGAAAGACAAGCCUGGUUCGUUCUCUUAGUGGGGAGGAGUUUGAAGAAGAAAGGAAAGAGACCCAUGGAAUUGACACAUCCAUGGUCGAGAUGACCGAGUUAGACGAGUCGUGGCAUGCUGCAGACCCAAACAAGUCCCAAGUCGAUGAAAUUUUAGCAGACAAAGUUUGUCAGGAAAUUCAGCGUUCUCCAGGGGUGGGCCAUCCUUGUAAUACUCAAGGAAACCAGCUUAAUCGUUCUGACCCAAGACCGUCUUUUCAGCCUAGAGGGCAACAUUCUCCUUGCGUAAGACGACUUCGUAGCAUAGAAGCUCCAUCCACAUCAGGAAGUAUUAGUGCAAGCGAUGGGGACCAGACAGGCUUAGUAACAGAGUCACUUGCCUCACCGCAUAGUCUAGCACGUGGAGAGAAGUCUUUACGAGAGAUGCCAAUCGAUGAGAUCAUGCGAAGGCUUAGUCUGAGUUCGGAAGCAUCUCUGGAUGAGAGCAAAAGGAAGUAUGCUAAGAUCAGCAUUUGGGACUUCGCUGGCCAUUCUUUGUACGAAGCUAUGCAUCAUGUUUUCCUUAACAGGCGUUCCUUUUACCUUACCGUAUUAAAUUUGACUCGGCUGUGUGACCUUGAUAGUGCCAGCCAAGUUCUAGAAGAGGUUCAUUUUUGGCUCAAUUCCAUACGCGUGCAUGCUCCCCACACGACACCUGUGUUCCUGGUGGGAACACACAGCGGCGAGGUUAGCGAGAAAGACAUGGCAACGGCAGAAAAGACAAUCUAUGAUAAAUUGGUCGAGAAGUUUGGUCAACAACUUGUGAAAAGCAAGGAAAACAGUUUUCUCUUUCCAGUAGAAAACACCUUUGGUGGCAAAGAUCCUGGAGCAGGGGCUUUAAAGAAGGCCAUCGAAAAUGAGGCAGCACGACUGAGGAAAAUGGACGAAGAGCUUCCACUUUUGUGGCUUCAUUUUGAAGAGAAAAUUCUGAAGUGCAGAGAGGAACAAGAAUUUCCCCCAUGUGUCCGUAAACCCUACCUAAAACAGAUGCUAGAGGAGAUUACAUCCCGUAGCAUCGAUGAUAGAGAGUUUGGAAGCAUACUACAGUUCUAUCACGAUAGUGGUGUGAUCAUCCUCCCAGAGGAGCUAAUUGGACCUAAGACGCAUCACAACGAUUUGAAUGAUGUAGUGGUAGUCAAUCCACAGUAUCUCGUUGAUGUCAUGACCUGUCUUCACGACAUUUCCGAGCACCUGAAUAUUGACCGUGAACAUCAGAGUCAGUGGCAGACCCUACAAGACCACGGAGUGGCCACCAUCGAGCUUUUGGAGUAUCUUUGGAAAGACUUUAAAAGCCCUGCUACUGAGCUUGUUGCUAUCUUGGAAGCUUCAGGUAUGCUGUGCCCAAUUUCUUCUUCCACAGAGGAUGAAGACCAAGAGGACGGUACUACACUAGUUAAAGAUGAUGAGAAUGGACCAGAGAUUAGAAAAUACAUCGUACCAUUUCACCUGAAGGAAAAAUGCUUGAAAGGAAAGUGGGAAAAGCUGUGUCGGAAGAGUUGGUCUGGAAUUUGUACCUCGGACAAAGUUCUGAUGUUUGAUUUCCACGGUUUCCUGCCUCCUGCACUCUUCCACUACUUUAUUGUUCGCACUGGCUCAAGAAGUCAGUCCAGCAAUGGUAUGAGACCGAUCAUUGCUAAAAGGAUGGCCAUAUUCUCAUUUGGAGACAGUUUCUUCAUCCUUACAGAGAUGUGUCAGAAACACAACCAAAUUCGAAUAAAGGCCAGGUACAAAAAUGAGAAAAAGCUUCAUGAGUUAUUUUACAUCUUGAAGGAGAUAAUGACGGACAUCUGCCAGCGCCAGUUUCGAUUUCUCAAGUUCCGUUUCGGACCUACCUGUCCCAACCCACGUUGCCCCGGUUCAUCCAGUGAAGGUACAGUUCUUCCAGUGGACACCUCCUCUGACGAAAGUGAUAAUGAUGACAACGAUGACGCCGAGUGUGGUGAGCGGGAGUCCUACGUUGAUUUCCCAACAGAAGGUGUUCGUCACCAUGUAAUCUGCAUAGACCCAGCUGUUGCAUCGAAGCCAAUGUGGUGUAACUCCACUCCGGUCCAUGAAUUCGAAGAAAUCAAACAAUGGCUUGUUAAGCCACAAGAUACCGUUUCGAAGGUCCCAGAAGACUCUCCUUGUUAUUCAAAACCUGUCGAGCCUUGCUGCCUUGCUCUAGUCGCUAAAGAACUGGCCUACAAAUGGAAGUGGCUUGGAAGAAGUCUCUCGGUACUAGACACAGUCAUUGAGACCAUUCAGGCUGAAAACCAAGCUGAAGAAGAAAGGGCAUAUCAAGUCCUCACCCGGUGGAGUCGAAAGAUGGGUUCCGUAGGCACAGUGCAUGAGCUGAUGAAAGCGAUCCAAGAGGUUGGCGACGUUCCACCCUUGGAGGCUUUUGAUCGACACCUUGGGGAUCGCCACGUAGAGGCAGCUAAGCCCUAUUAAUGAGGUAUUCCACUCUACUUUUGAAGGAAGUCCAAAAGAUAAAUAAACAAUAGCUUCCAUCUGGUACGAAAACAUACAACUAUAUUUUAUCCAUGAAAAUUUUCUGUUUCGAGAAACGAACAGCUUUCUGAUAGCGAAGCUCGAGGAAAACUCUGAGCUACGAAGAACAAAUGAUGUGCAUGGAUACACUAUACGUGUAUAUUUUCGUGCCAGAUGGAGGAUAUUGUGUUUAUUAGCCUUAAUAUAUGUUAGCAAAUUGCGGGAAAAAUGUUUACAAACAGUUUAUUGUUUACUGCUGGAAUGUUCACCUUCCAAUGUUCUCUGGUACGACUUUAUGAACAAACUUGUUCCUUCUUCUAGGAAAAAAAACCGAAAACGCCUUCUCCGCUUAAGCUAGAUUUUAAACGAACGCUUAUUGGAUUGGACUUAAGGUUUGAAACUUUGAGAAUAUCAUUUGGGCUUUAUCCUCGGAUAUUCACAGUGUUAGCGACUGGGGCAAAGUCGGUCACGUAAUGUGUUUAGACCAAUCGCGCCCAAGAAAGAAUAUUUGGUGAAUUAUUAUCAGAAAUAUUUAAAUAAGGAGUCGUAAAUAAAAAAAAUUUUCCCCAAUUGUUUGGGUACGCAGGUACGUACUGGAGUGGACGUAAGUAAAAAAUUAUACGGACGCUCGAAAAUUUUGAAAUUAAUUCUUCAAUAAGACCAGUUUAAUUGACUAUGCCAGGUUGUAAGGAUACAUGUAUGUAAAUCGCAUAAGGUUAGGAAGAAAUUUUCAAUUCAAGUGAAUUGCUCUUGCUAAUGUCGUAAACUUAAGUUCAAAUUUCUUAACUGUGUUUCAACUUUAGUCACUCAAUCCGGAGCAAGAUUCACUGACACACUCUAUGCCAAUGGGCAUACUUAAUUUGUUUUCAUUUACAUACAUAAUUUGAAACAGCCAUCCUAUCUGCGUGUCUGCUGCUAUUCAGUGCAGCGAAUGCACCAAAGUGGAAGUAUAAUCGUUUUCUCACGAUGCAGUCUCUUCAAGCGAUGAACUUGGAUGGAUACCCACGAUCGAGAAGCAUGGCCACGGUUCCGGGAACCGGGGAGUUUUGUAAUAACUGUCCGCCGGGGGAACAUGUUUUCAAAAUGCGCGAAGCAUAGCUGAGGGAAACCAACAUAUCAUAGCCCAGCACAGCAAAGGGCUCCAUAAGUUAACGCGUAUCUCAACGACUUCAUCACCUGAAGAUGAAAACCAGUAUAAAGUAGAGUCACAGCGGUUCACGUCCGAAGUGACUAUAUCGUGAGAAAACCGAUCACAUUUCAGUCAUUCCUAAUGUCUACCUGUCUGUUUGCGAGCUAGCUGUUUGCUUGUCUGUCUGUCUCUUUGUCUGUGUCCAGCUGUCUCCUUUCCCUCUAGGACUGUAUCUUACUCGCCAAAUUUGAGUGUAUAGGCUUGUAGCUAUUUACGCAAGACUGAUAUCGUGCCUACUCCUCGCAGUAAAGUGAAAAGAUAAAAUUUGAGAGAUACAAUGAUGAUCAGAAAUUUGAUCCAAAACAAAAAUUAAAGU